UUCAAAUUUCAAGCUGAUUUUCUUUAUCUGCAACGAAAAUCAAAUUGGUUGAAAGAGUGCAAGGACUUUUUCACUGCAAAACUAUAAUAAACGAAUAAAAACGUUUCAGACGGCUGUGUGAAGAAAUAAAUUCGAGUUUCAUAUAACAUGUUUGCAGAAAAUGUGCCUUUGUCAGCAAACGAAUAAAAACGUUUCAGACGGCUGUGUGAAGAAAUAAAAUCGAGUUUCAUAUAACAUGUUUGCAGAAAAUGUGCCUUUGUCAGCAAAACAAGUACCUCAGAAACAAUUUACCAGAAGCAGCACGUUGUUGAAUUAGCCUGCGCAACUUUCAUAACAGCAACUGUUGAAUAUCUCAAAACAUAUUGUACUAGACCACUGCACAUCCGAAAGGACAACUUUGUCCUGCUGUAAAGCUUGCACGGCCGCUCUGCAAAGUGCGCGCGCCAUCUCUGACGCACUUAGCACGACUCGUAUAAAUGAAUUCACUUCGUCACUGGGCGCCAAUGAUCGCAGCUCGAGCGUGCGGCACUUCCUGAGCCCGGAGCCCGCCAUGCGUCUUCAGAGCAGCGAGGUGACCGGCGCGAGGGACCGUCUCUGAGUGACCGCUCUCACCAUGGAGAGUUACAACAACACCACAGAAAGCCAAGACUGGAACGGGAACGCGACGACAGUUAGCGAAGUUGCUUUGAGUUACCAAAUAAUCGGCUCGCUUUUCCUGGCCGCGUUAAUUCUGUUUGCCAUAUUGGGAAACGCGUGUGUCAUCGCUGCCAUUGCCUUGGAGAGAUCGCUUCAGAAUGUGGCCAACUAUCUCAUCGGCUCUCUGGCCGUCACAGACCUCAUGGUGUCGGUUCUAGUGCUACCCAUGGCAGCCCUGUAUCAGGUUCUGAACAAAUGGACUUUGGGACAGGAGAUGUGCGAUAUUUUCAUCUCUCUAGACGUGUUGUGCUGCACCUCUUCCAUCCUGCACCUGUGCGCAAUCGCUUUGGAUAGAUACUGGGCCAUCACUGAUCCCAUAGACUAUGUGAAUAAAAGGACCCCGAGACGAGCGGCUAUCUUGAUCAGCCUCACUUGGCUAAUAGGAUUUUCCAUUUCCAUUCCUCCCAUGUUGGGCUGGAGGAAACCAGAGGACCGGGCAGAUCCCGACGCGUGCACAAUCAGCCAAGACCACGGGUACACCAUCUACUCAACUUUUGGAGCUUUCUACAUCCCCCUCAUCCUCAUGCUGGUCCUCUACGGGCGGAUAUUCCGAGCGGCGAGGUUUCGCAUAAGGAAAACCGUGAAGAAAACUGAGAAAGCUAAAAUCGCGGACAAAUGCCUGGCGGUGUCUCCGGCGCUGUUCCCGAAGAAAGCGAACGGCGAGGUGAGCAAAACUUGGAAGCGAAGCGUUGAGCCGCAGCCGGGACCGUGCGUAAACGGAGCGCUCAAACACUCGGACGACGGAGAGUCGUUCGAGAUUACAGAAGUUCAGACCGUGUCCAGAAACCACCUGAGCCUGCCCAACAACCCUCAGUCGUGCUUCGAGAGCAGAAACGAGAGGAACACGGAAGCGAAGCGCAAAGUGGCUCUGGCCAGAGAGCGCAAAACGGUCAAGACUCUGGGAAUCAUUAUGGGCACGUUCAUUUUCUGCUGGCUGCCCUUCUUCAUCGUGGCGCUUGUUUUGCCUUUCUGUCAAGAAUGUUUCAUGCCUGAGUGGUUGAGGGCGGUCAUUAAUUGGCUUGGAUACUCUAACUCACUUUUGAACCCCAUCAUAUACGCGUACUUUAACAAAGACUUCCAGAACGCAUUUAAGAAGAUCUUGAAAUGCAAAUGCAUUAGACAGUGAACGAUGCUGUUUAACGGAUGCUAAUAUGCAGAUAUUGAUUGUUAAAGAACUGCUCUAAAGGCAUUAGUACGAACGGACCCAGUGCGGGACAGUACAGCACAAGAAGAGGUAGAGCUCUGUCCUUGUGUAUUUGUUUAUCUGUGAAGUUUAUCUGCAUCCACCACAAAAAAAAAAAAAAUUGCAUAUACAACUGGAUGGAUUCAGAUUAGACCAGGACUCUCAGACCAGCUGUGUGCAUUCAAUAAUAAAGCCCUUAAACAAAAAAUGCUUUUAUUUUACUGUAUAUGAUGAAAGCCACCUUUCUCCGAGCAGGAAGCUGUGGUGGGAUUGUAAGCACACAGAGAUGUCAAGAUCCAGCAGAUCAUUUAUGUAGAAAAAUGUAAUGUGAAACCAUUUCUCAUUUUUAUUUAUU